GGUUAACCUCUAAGCCCUACGGGUUAGAGAACCGGCGGUUCAACUCAAGUAGUUACUGAACCGCAAAAUCUAUUGAUUGAAGAAAUUGGGGAAAAUAAUUUCCCCCAAAUUUGCUUCCUUCUCAAAAUCGCAAACCCUAGCAAUUUUUCAAUUUCUCUGUCGCCCGUUUUCCGAUCAAUCUCGGAGUAUUUCACCCCGGGGUUCUGAAGAUGCUACAGAAUGUUUCGCACCAACUUUUGCAAUCGCCAGCCCGGUUGGGCCUGCCAACUCCCAGUUCACCGUCUCUUCAGAACCCAAACCCUGCUCCUAAGUUCUCCUCUCAAGUGUCACAACCUCAUCAACCUCAUCAACAGGCAAAUAUAUUAACUACCACUACUACCUCAUCGACACUCCUUCCUCUUCUCCCACCUCUCUCCAGAGCUCAGUCUCUUCUCAUUCAAAUGGCAUCUCUUGCCUCAAGACUCUUUGAAGUCUCACCUAACCGGCCCCAUUGGCUUAGUGCUUUUCGAGGUUCUCUUCCUUCAUUUCUGCCUUCAGCGGCGCCGGUUCCACAAGAUUCUCGCCCUUCAUCAUCAAAAGAAAUCCUCUCUAUGUUUACUUCUCUUCAGACGCAACUGUUUGAAGCAGUUGCAGAACUGCAAGAAAUUCUUGAUCUUCAAGACGAGAAGCAAAAGCUCAUCCGCGAAGUUAGAUCAAAAGAUUCUUCAAUUCUUGCUUUUGCUAACAAACUCAAAGAAGCUGAGCGUGUUCUCGACAUGCUUGUUGAUGAUUACUCGGAUUAUCGUCGUCCCAAACGGGCCAAGUUGGAAAAUGAUACCGAAGAAUCUUCAGUAACAACUGUGGCAACUCAGUUGAAAUUAUCCAACAUAUUAUCAUAUGCUCAUAGGAUAAGUUACACUACUUUUGCACCACCUGAGUUUGGUGCUGGACAGGCCCCUCUUCGGGGAGCACUCCCUCCGGCUCCACAGGAUGAGCAACUGCGUGCAUCUCAAUUAUAUAACUUUGCUGAUCUUGAUGUUGGUUUACCUAAAACAGAUGAAGGCAAGAAGAUUGUUGAGCCACUCAUUGAACCUCUUGCAGAAACUAACCCACUUAAAAAUCUUUCAGCAAUUCAGGGCCUCGUCCCUCCAAAUAUCGUCGUGCCAUCUGGAUGGAAACCUGGUAUGCCUGUCGAGUUACCCACUGACCUCCCACUUCCUCCACCUGGGUGGAAGCCUGGCGAUCCAAUUGCACUCCCUCCUCCUCUUUCACUUCCAUCAAAGGUCGAGGAAGCACCAGGACGACCAGUACCUCCUGCAGGACUGCCAAGAAUGCCAGAACCAAUACAGGUUCGACAUGUGCAGCUUGAUAUUGAGGAUGAUAGUAGUGAUUAUAGUUCUGAUGAGGCCAGUUCCGAUAGUGAAGAUUAAUCUAGUUUUGCUAAUGAGUACCUAAUACAGGCUCAGCAUGUGUAGCUGGACAUCAAGGAUCAUAGUAGAGAUUAUUGUUACCAGUUAACAAAUUAUUAUUUUUUGUUGUUGUUAUCAGCAAGAAUCUAUGUCAUGUCAGUACCUUGUCUAGAAACAACAUAUGUUUUUAUCACUGAUGAUAAAAUAUGAUGAAAUGAGGAUUCAUGUA